CAACGGGAUCUGUGUAAUCACUGGAUUCAGUUUCAGUGGUGAUGUGUGUGUGAGUUUUUGAUGGUAUUAGUGUCGCCUUUGCAGUGGUUGCACGCACUCGCCAGCUGCGAUUGCAGUGGCAUUCAACCGCCGAAGGCGACACUGAUUCGGACUCAGCCGCAGCCGCCACGGGGGUGCAGCUAUCUAGACUUCACACACCCCCUCCACCUACCAACCCACCACAUGUGGCACGCGCUUUCCACUGUUUUUUCUCUUUUUUUUUUGUUGGGUCGUCAGUCGAGAGAGCUGACUCAGCGACACCGGAUCGGCAGGGAUCCAGUGGAUUCGGGAUGCGUUUCAGGACCAGUCUAACCAUUGAGUACACAGAAGGUACUUCCAGGCAACUGGGACUUGGAUUCACGGAGCUAAACGAUGAUUGCCUUCUGCUAAUUUGCGAGAAUCUAUCGCUGGGCGACCAACUGCGAUUGCUGCAACUGAAGGAGGCGCGGCUCAGCCACUUGGUGCUCCGGAUCUGGUCGAGAAAAUACGGCAAUCAGUUCGAUUGGAGCAAGGAGCGGCAAUUAAAGUUUCUCAGUGGUGACGAGCAGAGCCAACUUCUGGAUUACAUGUCCUGGAGGACAAAGGCCUUGCUCAACCUGCCAAGCAGUUGCCGGAAGUGGCUGAACCGGAAACGGAAACACCCUCUUAGCCACAUACAGCGGCUUAGCUUCCGCGAAAGCAAUACACGGCUAAUACAGUCACUGCCAUCCGUCUGCCCCAAUUUGGUGGAUUUAAAUUUGGGGCAAGGCGAGGGUAUUAGUGCCACAGAUUUGUGCCUGAUUUUCGGCGAACUGAAGCACCUCCGAGGAUUCGAGCUGCGAAAUUGCCCGAAAAAUGAUGAGGAGUUCAGCCCCAGAGCCAAGUUCGAAUGCCUGCAACUGCAGAGCCUGAAAUUACCAGCCUGCGUUUGGAGGGCCCAUGCUCCGGAGGUAUUUCAACUGCCAAAGUUACGCCAAUUGACGGCUUUCCUUUGCCACUCGCCGGAUUCUGGCAGGGAUGAUGAUGAUGGUGAUGGUGAUGAUGACGUUGCCUAUGAUGACGACAAAGCAAACGCCAGUGGCAUUGCGAUUUUAGCCAUGUGCCUCCGCCAUCUUCGGGGCCGGAACUCUCAGAUUGUGGGUCUCCGUUUGCAGUGUCAACUGGAUGGCAGCCUGCCGUCCACCGGCCAGGACGCGGACCUAUUCCGGUUGCAACGCUUCGCCUGGCACUCACAGCUGACGGUGCACUACGAUGUCGCGGAUGGUAGCAUCAAGUGGCUGCCACAGCGGCCGCAGGUGGUGCGCCGCACCCUCCUGCCCUUCCUUGCCACCCAAGCGGAGAGCUUGCGGGAAUUGGAUUUCACGCGAAACCCGCAUGCCACGCCCACAUUCCUCAUGCAGGCCACCCACUUGCUGCGACCCGCAGGCACAUCCGUUUGGCAUGACGCCUGUCCGCCCCAUCGCCAUCUCCCUGCCCAUGCCCAUCUGACGGAUCCGGAUGCGGAGGCGGAUAUAGCUGAGACAAACGAUUUGGCUCUGGUGGAGCUGGAAUUGCUGCAUUUGCCUAAUGAACAACGGAACCGGAUCCCGGCAAGAUGACAGCAAUCUGGGAUUUGGUCGGUCGAAGGAUAUUGAAUGUGAAAGGAUUGCACCGGAACAAAUAGCAAAUUGAAUGAGCCUCUUGGGCUAAGGAUAUA